AUGCUAUCUGCUUCGGCUCAACUUUCGUAUGCAAUUUGCACAUACAAAGACUAUGAAAGAUUGAACCAUCAAAUACUACUAACACUGGUCAAAAAGAUUAACACCAUGCAAAAAAUAAAAGAGUCUUCUUGGGACUUGGAUAUGGAGGAUCAUGUGGAUGAUUGGUCUCAAUGGAUAGAUACUGAUUUACCUGAUGAUGUGAACUGCGUUGAUGAUCCUGACUAUAUAAUUCCUGAAGAAGUCGCAGAGAAUUCAAUCUCAACUUCUAUAUCUACAAAAAGUUAUAAUCUACGCUUACGAAAUCGUUUGCAUUGA